CGCUAACUUGUAGUAUUUAUAUAGCAAGUAAGAAGUACACUUAGGGAACAAGAAGGGUAAAUUCGCCACGAUUUUACUGAAUUAAAGAGUGAUUAGCGAUGGCAGAAGUAUCCUUUUCCCCGCGGCCAGCAUCAGUAGGAUCAGCCAGGGGUUCGCCAAGAGGAGGAAAUAUGGCAACCGCAUAUUACUCCGCAUCACCAAUGAUGAGGCAUCCAGGUGUGAGUCAGUCACCCAGGACACCCUCCUUCACGAAUACUUACCCCAUAGUGACGGACAAGACAAUCUCUAGUCACAUGAGCAAGAAUCUGGGACACGCAAAGACAUACUACAACCCUGCCAGAAAUGUGCUGUAUUCUCGAUACACACAAAAUGACUGGGCCAACUCUAACAGGGGUCACUACAACCUCUCAGACAGAGAAAGAGCAGCCGCAGAGAGUAUUCGUGCCGACGCCUGGAGGACCGUCAAAGAAUGCGACGCGAGAACCCGUAACAGGCAGUUCUCAAACACGAGGAAACUCGGCGAGAGGACUCAGGACAUUGCAUUCUGGAAACAAGAACUGCACUCCGAAAUGGACGCUAUGCAGAAUGAGAUCGAAAACUUGAGAGAACAUAAGCGUGUGCUGGAGAAGGCUCUAAUGGAUUCCAACAACCCUCUUCAUAUCGCCGAAGAGUGCUGUAUGCACCGUGAGAAGAGACAGGGCAUUGAUUUAGUCAAUGACGAUGUGGAGAGGCAGCUAUCCAGGGAGGUUGGUACCAUCAGGAAGUGCCAGGACAGGAUGAAGAGACUUGUAGAGAAGGCUUCCAUCCAACUGAAGCUUGACAGAGCUGUGCUACAUGACCUUGACCAAGACUCAAAGGAUAAGAAUCACGCCCAGAACCUCGAUGACCGCAUGCACGGACUCCGCAACACAUCUGCCGGAGUUGGAUACCACCCUGGUAUUGAGAACGUUGACCACACCAUCACAAUCCCUUAUUCAUGGGUGAAAUACACACAAGAGAACAUCGCUCGCUCCCAAAAGAUGAGGGCUGCUUCCGAGAGACUACGAGGAGAGAUCGACGCCUGUCUACGUGCAUGUGCCAACGAGAUGUGGAGCCAGUUCAACUCUGUGAAUAACUCCUUCAACAGCCGUCUCCAGGAGACCUCUGAUGCCAGGAACAAACUACAGGCUCACUUACAGAGGACCAUGCAAGAAAUCUUUGACAUGGAGAGGAACAUUGAUAUAUUGAGGAAGGCCAUUGCAGACAAGGAACUCCCAAUGAAGGUUGCUCAGACACGAUUGGAGGAGAGAACACGUAGAAUCAAUGUAGAGAUGUGCAAUGAUCCAUCUAUGAAGGGACUUCAACGAGAGGUUCAUGAACUGAGAGAGAGCAUUAGAUUCCUGAAAGAGAAGCUGUGGACAUCAGAACAAGCCCUAGCUAGACUAAUGAAGACGAAAUCAGCACUGGAACACGACAUCAGCGUAAAGGAGAACUCUUUAGCCAUUGACGGUAAAGCAUGUAUGGGAAUGCGCAAAGGCUUCCCAAUGGAACCAAAACAAGGACCAAUUUUUUCAAUGCCUGUGACAUAUUGAAAAAAACACACAGAGUGAAAGACUAUAUGCCAUAGCGACAAGAGGUGCAAGAACAGUCUCAGCGUACCGACCCAUAAAUAUCUAUAUAUCUUACUUUUCGGGUCAAAUAAAUGUACGAUAUAUCAUAUUUAUGGGUCAAACAUCAAAUUUCACCAUGCGGGAGAGCGUAGGCCUACUACCCACAGUUACUAUACUGUAACCCUUUUUGAGUGAAUGGCGCGAUAUAAAAUCUCACCGGUUGUUAUACUCAAUCAUUUCGAACCAUUUCGUAUUUGCUUUUUAUCAA